AUGGCAGCCGCCGGCCGCUAUGUCUCCCAACUUCUCGGAGAUGCUACCGAAGUUCUCACCCGUCGUGGUUCGGUACCGUCCGAUCGCGACCAACAGAAUACUUAUUUCUCAGGAUGGUUUUCAGGACGUAGGAAAAGUGGAGAUGCUACGAGUCAUCUGCCGAGAAUGACCAAAAGUAUCACGAAUGCUGAAGAGACGAGGGCGAAAUCGAAGACGAAGUCGAAUAAACUUGGGACAUUCAAUGGAGUGUUUGUGCCGACGACGUUGAAUGUGCUUUCUAUUCUUAUGUUCUUGAGGUUUGGGUUUAUUCUUGGGCAAAGUGGCGUGCUGGGAAUGAUGGGAAUGUUGGGUGCUAGCUACCUUAUCAAUCUCGUUACGACUUUAUCGAUCUCUGCGAUUUCGACGAAUGGCACUGUUCGAGGCGGUGGCGCAUAUUAUCUGAUAUCUCGAAGUCUUGGACCGGAAUUUGGUGGUAGUAUUGGUAUUGUAUUCUACCUAGGAUACGUGCUAAAUACAGGCAUGAAUGCUGUUGGUCUGGUGGACUGUAUUAUGAACAACUAUGGGAUUCUUAUUCUUUGCACCACAAUCUGCCUCCUUGGAUCGAGCAUCUUUGCCAAAGCAUCGAAUCUUCUGUUGGUUAUUCUUCUUGCCGCAACCUACUCGAUUCCAAUCUCGACUCUGUUCAUGAAGCCAAUGUACGGUGAUCAUGGACUGUCAUACACUGGGCUUUCGUGGGAUACCUUCAGGGAAAAUUUGCUGCCGCAAUUUACUAGGGGGGCAGCCGGCAGCGAGUCACACCAGAAGGAGAAUUUUCAGAGCCUUUUUGGCAUCCUAUUUCCUGCGACCGGAGGAAUUUUUGCGGGCGCUUCGAUGAGUGGUGACCUUCGUAAACCCAACAAGUCGAUUCCUAAGGGCACACUCCAUGGCCUCUUGCUUACAUUCAUUACUUACACAUUCGUCGUCUUCUCAAUGGGAGCCAGCAUUAAACGCACAGCAUUAUACACAAACCUCAACAUCAUCCAAGACGUGAACGCUUCCGCCGUUCUCAUCUUUGCAGGAGAAUUUGCCACAUCCUUCUUCUCCGCUUUGUUAGGCGUCGUCGGAAGUGCAAAACUCCUGCAAGCACUUGCCAGGGACAACCUUAUCCCAGGCUUUGGGUUUUUCGCCCAAGGCACCGCAUCUACCGAUGAACCGAUUGUCGCUAUCAUUUUCACAUUCCUUGUAGCGCAACUCACACUUCUUGCGAAUAUCAACCAAAUCGCUUCAUUCGUUACAAUGACAUACCUCCUCACCUUUUUAGCCAUCAAUCUCGCUUGUUUCCUUUUGAAGGUCAGCGCGGCUCCGAACUUUCGACCGAGUUUCAAUUACUUCCGAUGGUGGACUGCAGCUAUAGGGACCGUUAUUAGCGGUAUUACAAUGUUCUUCGUCGAUGGGGUAUAUGCGAGUGUUUGUGUUCUGCUGCUGCUAUUCCUAUUCUUGUUGAUUCAUUAUACAUCACCGCCAAAAGCAUGGGGGGAUGUGAGUCAAAGUUUGAUUUACCACCAAGUACGGAAAUACUUGUUGCGGCUUAAACAAGAGAAUCAUAUCAAGUUUUGGAGACCGCAAUUGUUGCUAUUUGUGAAUGAUCCGAGACGGUCGUACAAACUAAUCCAGUUCUGCAACUCACUGAAAAAGGGAGGACUUUAUAUUCUGGCCCAUGUAAUUGUCACGCCGGAUUUUAGAGAGUCAUUCCCUGAAGCGAAGAAGCAACAACAAGCGUGGAUGAAAUACAUCGAUUUCGGGAAGUGCAAGGCUUUCGUACAAAUUGCGAUUAGUCCCACGAUUGAGUGGGGUAUGCGCAAUAUUGUUUUGGGCGCCGGUCUCGGGGGCAUGAGGCCCAACAUCGCCAUUAUGGGGAUGUACAAUCUGGACGAGUACCAGAAGCGACGGCCUUUGAUUGACCUUCCAGUUCCAGAUGCCGCCACAAAAGACGAUGUUGACGACACGAACGAAACCCGUGGGCAGCUCCCGACUGAUACCUGCAGGAUCGAGCAAGCUAUUUCUGUAACCUCUUGGGUCAACAUGCUCGAGGACAUGCUCAUGUCCCUCCAAAUCAAUGUUGCCCUCGCUAAAGGAUUCAAGCACUUACAGAUCCCCAAAGCUGGAGAGAAACCUAAGAAGAAGUAUAUCGACCUAUGGCCGAUUCAAAUGUCCGCGCAGAUCCCUAGCGAGGGAGGGACGACAAGUGCGUCGAAUUUCGAUACUUAUACAUUGAUAUUACAGCUUGGGUGUAUAUUGCAUACUGUUCCGGCCUGGAAGAAAGUUUACACAAUCCGAGUUAUCGUUUUUGUGGAGUACGAAAGUGACGUGGAGGAGGAAGCGGGACGUGUUAAAUCGCUGUUGGACAACCUACGGAUUAAAGCAGAGGUUGUGGUCUGCUGGCUGGCGAAGGGUGAUUUAAAAACCUACGAAACCAUUGUGAAUGGAAAACGAGAGAAGAAUGAACAAGUGGAAGAGGUGAUUGGAGGCCAGGAAUGGUGGAUUGAACUUCAACGUCGAAGAAGAGAGGCCGAGCACCUUCAGAGCGAAGAGGCGCUGAAUUCGCAGGUUGCAGAUUUGUUGAGGUCUGAGCAAUGGCCAGCUGGAACCUUUAUGCAGCAAGGAACUGCAGUGCCCGGUACUAAGAGUCAGAGAUUCCUAGAUGGCGUCAAGAAGUUUGUUAAGGGUAAAAGAAGGGGUAGGUCCCGAUCAGUGACGAGGUUGCAGGGCUUGGACGUUUCUUUGGGGACGAUGAAUAUGACGACUCAUUCAUUACAGCCCCACGUACUUUCCGAAACAGAGUCUGAGAGCGAUUCUUCGGAUUCUGAGUCCGACAGCUCGUCUAGCACCGAGUCUGCAGUUAGCAUGAACGACGUAGAAGACUAUGACGAUGAAGAUGAAGAGGAGGGACCAGAAAGUCGAAGGCGGAUAUCAGGAAGACGGCCGAACAAAUUUGAACGAUCGGAUCCUGUGUCGCGGAGAGUUAGUAUUGGCGGCGGUGUGCUUCUUAGUGCCCAAGAAAUUGCUCGGUUUGAUGCAAAGAGAAAAUCUACUGGUCGAAAAUUGGAAGGACUGCCGCCGGUACCGUCUAGAGCGGGUCCAUCAGGAGCUCGAACACCAGAUCGGACAUCAUUACGGCCAUCCAUUGAUCCUCCAGAUACUUCUUCUUCCUCCUUAGCAGCUGGCCCAAGCUCUGCUUCUACCACUGCUAUCGAUAGACUUACACCCGCAUCUGCAAUCGCGCCAUCGAAACGCCCGGGUCUAACACAGCGUACCAUGAGUUCAUCCGCCUUCAGUUCCCAAAAGAUUCCACACGCCCAAGUCAAUGAGCACGAAGACAGCGGACCAACGAUCAUGUUUGCAGACCAAGAGCCUCCCAGCCAUAAACGGGCGAGCGGAUAUCCCGCUGGCCAGGAUGUAUCACUCAGUUUCAACGACCUACCGAGUUUGGCGCAGUAUUUGAUAUUGAACGAAUUGGUGAGGAAGUUUAGCGACGAUACAGCAGUUGUGUUUACGACUUUACCUAGUCCGCUAGAGGGGACUUAUAAGAGUGAGGAGGCGUGUGUGGAGUAUAUUUCUGGAUUAGACGUGCUUUGUGAGAAUUUACCGCCGGUUUUGUUGAUCCACAGCAAUUCCAUGACGGUGACUAUGGCGUUGUAG